UCAGGGUGAUGUCACGGCCAAGGAUCCACGCAGGACCAGGAACCUGAUUGAUGAAUUUCUCACACACAAGCUGAAGAUUGGAAAACCUGCCAGACAACUGUUGCAGAACUGUGUCCACAAUGACAUUAGAAACCACGCACCUAAAGUUCCUCUCAGGUUCCUUUUCAUGAUAAAGGACACAGAUCUGUCUUUACUUCCCUGGUUCCAUCGGCCCUGAUUUAGUCCGUGUUCCAGAGCAGAUAUCAGAACCACUCAAGACCGUCGCUCUCAUGACCGCUGCCGUUCACUGACCAACGCAGGACCGUCCGAUUUUCCGGGACCUUCUCCUGGUUCUCCGAUCCGUGGUUGGUUCCCACCUCCGUGUCCUGGUGAUGAACGCACCAAUGAGGAGCCUCACAGGAAUGCCUGAUCGCAUGUUAUGUGCAGUGCUGGAGCAAUUUCAGCUUUACUUUUCCCUUUGAUCCACUCCCUGUAUAGCACGGCAAGCCCUAGCAUGCUGAAGAGGAAGCAGAGCUCGCGGGUGGAGGCCCAGCCCAUGACCGACUUCGGCCCGGACGAGACCCUGGCGGACAGCGCCGACAUCUUCUGGAUCAACAAACCAUGGGUCCACUCCUUGCUCAGAGCCUGCGCCAUCAUCAGCGUCAUCUCCGUGUGCAUGAACACGCCCAAGACCUUCGAGCACUACCCGCCCCUGCAGUACGUCACCUUCACGCUGGACACGCUGCUCAUGUUCCUCUACACGGCCGAGAUGAUCGCCAAGAUGCACAUCAGAGGCAUCGUCAAGGGAGACAACUCGUACGUGAAGGACCGCUGGUGCAUGUUUGAUGGAUUCAUGGUGUUCUUCAUCUGGGUGUCCCUGGUGCUGCAGGUGUUUGAAAUAGGGAAGCUGGUGGACCAGAUGUCUCCAUGGGGGAUGCUGAGAAUCCCCCGAGCGCUCAUCAUGAUCCGGGCCUUCCGGAUCUACUUCCGCUUCGAGCUGCCGCGCUCCCGCAUCACCAACAUCCUCAAGCGGUCGGGGGAGCAGAUCUGGAGCGUCUCCAUCUUCCUGCUCUUCUUCCUCCUGCUCUACGGAAUCCUGGGCGUCCAGAUGUUCGGGACGUUCAACCAUCACUGCGUCACCAACGACACGCAAAGGAAUCAUGUGACGUGGAACAGCCUGGCGAUCCCGGACACUCACUGCUCCCCCGACGGAGAAGGAUAUCAGUGUCCCCUCGGGUUCAAGUGCAUGGACCUGGAGGAGCUGGGGCUGAGCCGGCAGGAGCUGGGCUACAGCGGCUUUAAUGAGCUGGGUACGAGCAUCUUCACGGUGUACGAGGCGGCGUCCCAGGAGGGCUGGGUGUUCCUCAUGUACCGAGCCAUCGACAGCUUCCCCCGCUGGAGAUCCUACUUCUACUUCAUCACCCUCAUCUUCUUCCUGGCCUGGCUGGUCAAGAACGUGUUCAUCGCCGUCAUCAUCGAGACGUUUGCAGAGAUCAGGGUUCAGUUCCAGCAGAUGUGGGGGUCGAGGAGCAGCACCACCUCCACCGCCACGACGCAGAUGUUCCACGAAGACGCGGCGGGAGGAUGGCAGCUCGUAGCGGUGGACGUCAACAAGCCGCACGGCCGAGCUCCUGCCUGCCUGCAGCAACUGAUGCGGUCGUCGCUGUUCCACAUGUUCAUCCUGAGCAUGGUUGCCGUGGACGUCAUCGUCGCCGCCAGCAACUACUACAAGGGCGAGAACCACCGGCGACACUACGACGAGUUCUACCUGGCCGAGGUUGCCUUCACCGUGCUGUUCGACCUGGAGGCUCUGCUGAAGAUCUGGUGUCUGGGGUUCACCGGCUACAUCAGCUCCUCGCUGCACAAGUUUGAGUCCCUGCUGGUGGUGGGAACCACGCUGCACAUCUACCCCGACCUGUACCACUCCCAGUUCACCUACUUCCAGGUGCUGCGAGUGGUGCGUCUGAUCAAGAUUUCCCCGGCGCUGGAGGAUUUUGUCUACAAGAUCUUCGGUCCGGGGAAGAAGCUGGGCAGCCUGGUGGUUUUCACGGCCAGCCUGCUCAUCGUCAUGUCGGCCAUCAGCCUGCAGAUGUUCUGCUUCGUGGAGGAGCUGGACCGCUUCACCACCUUCCCCCGGGCGUUCAUGUCCAUGUUCCAGAUUCUGACCCAGGAGGGCUGGAUCGACGUCAUGGACCAGACUCUGGUGGCCGUGGGGCAAGUGUGGGCUCCGGUCGUGGCCAUCUACUUCAUCCUCUACCACCUGUUCGCCACGCUGAUUCUGCUGAGUCUGUUUGUGGCCGUUAUCCUGGAUAACCUGGAGCUGGACGAGGACUUGAAGAAGCUUAAGCAGCUGAAGCAAAGUGAAGCCAACGCCGACACCAAGGAGAAGCUGCCGCUGCGACUCCGGAUCUUUGAGAAGUUUCCCAACCGACCUCAGAUGGUGAAGAUCUCCAAGCUGCCGUCGGACUUCACCGUGCCGCGGAUCAGGGAGAGUUUUAUGAAGCAGUUCAUCGACCGGCAGCAGCAGGACACCAACUGUCUGUUCCGCCGUCUCCCGUCAGCGUCCUCGUCCUCCUGCGACCACUCCAAACGCUCGGCCAUCGAGGACAACAAGCACAUCGACCAGAAGCUUCGCAGGUCAAUAUUUAGCAUUCGAGCGCGAAACCUGCUGGAAAAAGAGACGACGAUCAAUAAAAUCCUCCGGGCAUGCACGAGGCAGCGGAUCCUCAGCGGGUCGUUGGACGGCCAACCGACCAAAGAGAGAUCCAUCCUCAGCGUUCAGCACCACAUCAGACAGGAACGCAGAUCUCUGCGUCACGGUUCCACCAGUCAGAGGAUCAGCAGGGGGAAGUCUCUGGAGACGCUCACGCAGGACCACUCCAGCACGGUGCGCUACCGCAACGCCCAGAGAGAAGACAGCGAGAUCAAGAUGAUCCAGGAGAAGAAGGAACAGGCGGAAAUGAAAAGGAAGGUGCAGGAGGAGGAGCUGCGGGAGAACCACCCGUACUUCGACAAGCCUCUGUUCAUCGUGGGCCGCGAGCAUCGCUUCAGGAACUUCUGCAGGGUGAUCGUCCGCGCUCGAUUCAACGUAUCAAAAGCCGACCCGAUAACCGGAGCAGUGAAGAACACCAAAUACCACCAGCUGUACGACCUGCUGGGCCUCGUCACCUACCUGGACUGGGUCAUGAUCGUGGUGACGAUCUGCUCCUGCAUCUCCAUGAUGUUUGAAUCUCCCUUCACCAGAGUGAUGCAGGCCCCCACGCUGCAGAUCGGGGAGUACGUGUUCGUGAUAUUCAUGAGCAUCGAGCUGAACCUGAAGAUCAUGGCCGACGGGCUGUUCUUCACCCCCACGGCCGUCAUCAGAGACUUCGGAGGAGUCAUGGACAUCUUUAUCUACCUAGUGAGUCUGAUCUUCCUGUGCUGGCUUCCCCCCGACAUCCCCCCCGAGUCCGGAGCUCAGCUGCUGAUGAUGCUGCGCUGCCUCCGUCCGCUCAGGAUCUUCAAGCUGGUUCCUCAGAUGAGAAAGGUGGUGCGGGAAGUUCUCAAAGGCUUCAAGGAAAUAUUCCUGGUUUCCAUCCUGCUCCUCACGCUGAUGCUGGUCUUCGCCAGCUUUGGAGUUCAACUGUUCGCAGGGAAGCUGGCCAAGUGCAACGACCCCAGCAUCAUCACACGGGGCGACUGCCACGGCAUAUUCCGCAUUAACGUCAGCGUUUCCAGAAAUCUCAACCUGAAGUUGAAACCCGAGGAGAAGAAACCAGGUUUCUGGGUCCCGAGAGUCUGGGCCAACCCACGGAACUUUAACUUCGACAACGUGGGGAAUGCCAUGCUGGCUCUGUUUGAGGUUCUGUCUCUGAAGGGCUGGGUGGAGGUCCGGGACGUGAUCAUCCACCGCGUCGGCCCGAUCCACGGCAUCUACAUCCACGUGUUCGUGUUCCUGGGCUGCAUGAUCGGACUCACGCUGUUCGUCGGAGUCGUCAUCGCAAACUUCAACGAGAACAAGGGAACGGCCCUGCUGACGGUGGACCAGAGACGAUGGGAGGACCUGAAGAGUCGGCUGAAGAUCGCCCAGCCGCUGCACCUGCCGCCCCGCCCAGAGAACGGAGGUUUCCGCGCUAAGAUGUACGACAUCACCCAGCACCCCUUCUUCAAACGGGGCAUCGCGGUGCUGGUGCUGGCCCAGUCCGUCCUGCUGUCAGUCAAAUGGGAUGUGGACGAUCAGGUCACGUUUCCUCUCGCCACCAUGUCUGUGGUCUUCACCUUCAUCUUCGUGCUGGAGGUGACGAUGAAGCUGAUCGCCAUGUCUCCGGCGGGAUACUGGCAGAGCCGGAGGAACCGCUACGACCUGCUGGUCACGUCUCUGGGCGUCAUCUGGAUCGUCUUGCACUUCUCCCUACUGAACGCCUACACCUACAUGAUGGGCACCUGCGUGAUCGUCUUCAGGUUCUUCACCAUAUGCGGGAAACAUGUGACGCUGAAGAUGCUGCUGCUGACGGUGGUGGUCAGCAUGUACAAGAGCUUCUUCAUCAUCGUGGGAAUGUUCCUGCUGCUGCUCUGCUACGCCUUCGCUGGAGUCGUGCUCUUCGGAACCGUCAAGUACGGAGAGAACAUCAACCGGCAUGCCAACUUCUCCACGGCGGGCAAAGCCAUCACAGUUCUGUUCCGCAUCGUUACGGGCGAGGACUGGAAUAAGAUCAUGCACGACUGCAUGGUCCAGGCUCCGUUCUGCACGCCGGACAAGCACCGCUACUGGGAGACGGACUGUGGCAACUACGCCGGCGCCCUCAUCUACUUCUGCUCCUUCUACGUCAUCAUCGCCUACAUCAUGCUCAACCUGCUCGUAGCCAUCAUCGUGGAGAACUUCUCCCUCUUCUACUCCACCGAGGAGGACCAGCUGCUCAGCUACAACGACCUGCGCCACUUCCAGAUCAUCUGGAACAUGGUGGACGACAAACGGGAGGGCGUCAUCCCCACCUCCAGAGUGAAGUUCCUGCUGCGUCUGCUCCGGGGACGGCUGGAGGUCGACUUGGACAAGGACAAGCUGCUGUUCAAGCACAUGUGCUAUGAGAUGGAGCGUCUCCACAACGGAGGGGACGUCACCUUCCACGACGUCCUCAGCAUGCUGUCGUACCGCUCGGUGGACAUCAGGAAGUCUCUGCAGCUGGAGGAGCUGCUGGCGAGGGAACAGCUGGAAUAUACCAUCGAGGAGGAGGUGGCCAAGCAGACCAUCCGCAUGUGGUUGAAGAAGUGCCUGAAGCGCAUCCGGGCGAAGCAGCAGCAGUCCUGCAGCAUCAUCCACUCCCUGAGGGAGAGCCAGCAGCAGGAGCUGAGCCGCCUCCUCAACCCCCCCAGCAUCGAGACCACGGUGGCCAGCGAGGACCACAACACCAGGGACCUGGAGAACCAGCCCGAGAUGAGCCUGCAGCAGCUGCUGAGCCCCACGCUGUCAGACCGAGGGGGGCCCCGGCAGGACUCCGGGGACCUGGGGAGGCCGCAGAGGAAGCUGGGCCAGUGGCGGCUCCCCGCAGGUCGCAACAGCAUGAAGGCCGCCGGCUGCAAGAUGAACCCGGCGGGCGACGAGGCGUCGUCGGGGUCGGAGGUCAAGAAGUGGUGGACGCGCCAGCUGACGGUGGAGAGUGAUGAGAGCGGCGACGACCUCAUCGACCUCUGAGCCGCUCGGUCCCGACCUUCUGCUGCUCGUCCCUCGCCAUGAUGGAGCGGAUCAUGUGACCUCCGCCGCCGUCAUGGCGUCUUUCUAAACCAGCCUGCUGCUCCUCGUCCUCGUCUACGUCUCAUGUCCGUGUCGGCAGCUCGUAUUAAAGCAGCUUCAGUCUCUGCAGUGUUUGGAAUAACAGCGUUAAAAAUAGCGGCGUUACUAACGCCGUUAUUCUCUCCCAGUAACGGGUAAUCUCAGUUCUAUGGAGGCUCAUUUCCGCCAGUAAAAGAAAAAAAUAAGAUGAAAUAUUAGCCUUAAAAAUAGAAAUAU